UUUGCCUGAGAGCUGGAAUGAAAACCUCUGAGAAAGAGAAUCAUUCACUGCUGUUAUUCAUGGUCUUUCCCCCACAGGAGUAAAAUAAAAAUGCAUACAGUCACCGGAGUCGACAUGGCGUGAAGUCGCUCGCACAGCUUUACGUCAAUAUUCUGAAGGGGUCGGCCGGUAUGGCGGAUGGAGAGGAGGCCAUGAGCCAGGAGGACUGGAAGGAGAAGUGCACGGUCCUGGAGGCUCUGCUCAUGAAGUUCAGAGUGCAGAUCAUCAGGAUUCGAGAACUCACCGCCGACAAAAUUCAACAGUUGGAGACUCAGUUGAUCGAUGCAGAAAAACGGGCCUUCACCGCUCACCAGCAGGUGCAGUGGAUGGAGGAGAAGCUGAAGGCUCCCGACGGUCAGUCCGGAGACGCCGAGGUGCGUUUGUUUCAGCGCUGCCAGGAGCUGCAGGCCUUGGUGCAGGAGAAGGAGGACGUCAUCGGCCAACUGGAGCAGCAGCUGGAGGAGCAGAAACAGAUCCGAGUUCAAGAUGCCAAAACGGUGGAGGAGAAAGCAGCUAAGAUCAAGGAGUGGGUGAUGCUGAAGUUGUCAGAGUUUGAGGUCGAGAACGCAGCAUUGAGAGAAACCAACGAGCAACAGGAGGCUCAGAUUCUUGAGCUACAGAAACAAGUGCAGGCCUUCGAGCAGAAGUGCGGUGGCGGGCGAGGGGUCCUCUGCAGACCGGGUGAGGCCCAGCGUCUCAGCAGCCUCACGUUUGGCUGCUUCCAGGUGAGAGGGAAGAACCCCCAGGUGCUCACCGGACCGGCGCCCUCCCGGAGGACCCUCAGCACCCAGGGAGAGAGCGAGGGCCGAGGUGACGCCGUGAAGAAUAAGCAGAUAGCCUCCUCAGAGACGGACGAUGGAGUUCACAGACCGGAACUUGCUGGACUUCUGUGUUCGUCUGUCGAGGAGGACAGUGCAUCGGAAAGUGCAUGUGGACCUGAGUCGCGGGCGGUUUCCUCUGUGCUCUCCAGUGCCGCGUCAGAGAGCGAGGGGGGAGGAGGCUGCGAGGGCAGAGGGGGAGUGUGUGGCCUUGAGUUCAGCCGCCCGGGCAGCGAGACCUACUUGACUGCCUCGGACGACAGCAGCUCCCUGUUUGACGAUGACAUGCAGCGGGCGGAGCGGCCCAGCUUCAACCUUCUGGGCUCAUCAGAUGGGGUCCUGGGGCCGGGCAAGGAAGGGCAGGACGAGGCGCACAGGGCCAAGCUGGAGGACAGCAACUCCGAGGAGCUCUACAAACGAUUCCAGUCACAGAGGCUUGACUCCUCGUCCCCCUCCAGCGAACCCAACACUCCCAGCCUCACGCCUAAAAGACCCACCCCACCCCAGGACCCGCGGGACAACCCCGCCUCACCCAAACAGCCGCGCCUGCGGACCCCGGCGGGGUUGGGGUCGAUCAAUGUGUCGCUGGCCAAGAAACACCUGAGCCAGCCGCCAAUCAGCACAGAGGCAGCGCACGGGCACACGCGCAACGCCCUCAGCAUGCUGCGACCCUUCCGGCCGCGGGAAACAGACCUCGACCAGGGGAGGGAGGUUGGCAUGGAGACGGGCAGGGACACGCCCCCUCAGGUCCUCCACAUCUCACAGACCACGCCCACCAUGGCUUCCUUGCAGAUGUCGCCCGGUGCAGAGACGGGUGACCUCUCCGCGCCCGGCAGCACGCCUCCCACUCCCCCUCUACACAGACUGCCCUCCUGGGAGAGUCGUAUCUACGCUGUGGCUAAAUCAGGAAUCAGACUGUCUGCGACGUCCUGCACAGACCCUGCCAGCAAAGACCCCUCCCUCCAGUCCUCCUACCCUGCCUUCCUGAUGUACACGUCCCUCGUCUAUAGGAACAUGACUACACCAGUUUACACUACUCUGAAGGGGAAAGCCACUCUGCUGAGCAGCAGUCCAUACUCGGACGAGUCGUCCAGCUCCGAGGAGUCGUCCAGCUCGGGAGAGGAGGACGGCUCCGUCCGCGGCUCCCACACCUCGUCCGGCUCCCGCAAGGACGGCAGCCCCGGCAGCCCGCGCUCUCUCAAGAGAGCCGUGUCCAUGUCUUCGGUGACUUCCGAGAGCGACUACGCCAUCCCUCCGGACGCCUACUCCACCGACACAGAGUGCUUUGAGCCAGAGCAGAAACUGCCCAAGACCUGCUCGUCAGCCAGCGACAACGGGAAGAGUGAGCCGAUGGAGAAGUCAGGCUACCUGUUGAAAAUGGUAAAGACCUGGAAGAAAACCUGGAAGAGACGUUGGUUUGUGCUCAAAGACGGAGAGCUCCUUUACUACAAGUCACCUAGCGACGUGAUCAGGAAACCUCAGGGUCAGAUAGAGGUCAACGCCACCAGCAGCAUCGCCCGCGGAGAGGGAAAACAAGUUCUCCAGAUAGUGACGGGGAAGCGUGUUUACUACCUGAAAGCGGACUCUCCCAACCUGCUGGAGGAAUGGCUCAGGGUGCUGCUCAGCGUGCUGAGGGUGAAAGCUGCCAGUCCUCUCUUCACCCAGCCAGAUAUUCGCCCUGGCAUGAAGGGGCUGCUCAUAAAGGUGAAGCACGGCUACUCUAAGCGGGUGUGGUGUGCUCUGAUUGGCAAAACGCUGUACUACUUCCGGAGCCAAGAGGACAAGUUCCCGCUGGGUCAGAUUAAACUGUGGGAGGCCAAGGUGGAGGAGGUGGACCGGUCCCGGGAUUCAGAUGACGACCUGAAGGCGUGCGGGCGGGGCUUCCAGGGAGCACCCUUCACCAUCGCCAUCCACCCGCAGGAGCAAGGGCCCACCUACCUGCUAAUCGAGUCCCGCCACGAAAAGGACGCGUGGCGGUACCAUCUGUCUGUGGCGGCAGGCGCCGCGGUGGGUAAAGUUGGCACAGAGUUCGAACAGCUGGUGGGAAAGCUCUUCCAGUUGGACGGAGAUCCGAACUCUCAGAUCUGGAGGCAUCCCACGCUGUGUUUCAGUAAGGAGGCUCUGUCGUCUCCUCUCACCACUCUGCCCUCGCAGGCCCUGCAGACAGAAGCCGUUAAACUCUUCAAGACUUGUCAGCUUUUCAUCAAUGUGGCCAUCGACGCCCCGGCCAUCGACUACCACGUCUCGCUGGCCCAGAGCGCCUUGCAGGUGUGUCUGGCCCACCCGGAGCUUCAGAACGAGUUCUUUUGCCAGCUCGUCAAGCAGACCCGCAGGAGGCAGCCACACGGCCAUCCGGGACCCCUGCAGGGCUGGCAGUUUCUAGCCCUGUGCGUUGGACUGUUUCUGCCUCAGCAUCCUUUCCUCUGGCUGCUCCAGGUUCACCUGAAAAGACACGGAGACUCCAGGACGGAGGUGGGUAAGUAUGCCAUCUACUGCCAGCGGUCCAUGGAGCGGACCCAGCAGAAGGGUGAGAGGCAGGCCAGGCCGUCCCGUAUGGAGAUCCUGUCCAUCCUGCUGAGGAAUCCCUACCACCACUCGCUGCCAUUCAGCGUACCUGUGCACUUCCUCAACAGCACCUACCAGGUGGUGAGCUUCGACGCUUCGACCACCGUGGACGAGUUCCAGUGUCGCCUCAACCAGGACACCGGCAUCAGAAAAACUGGGCUCUCUGGUUUCAGCCUGUACACCGAUGACCCGACUGGACGAGAGCUGGAACACUGCCUGCAAGGAGGCAUCAAGAUUUGCGACAUCAUCUCCAAAUGGGAGCAGGCCUGUAAAGACACUGGCAAGUCGGAAAACACCAGGACUGUGCGCCUCACCUACAAGAGCAGGCUGUACUUCUCGCUCCAGGUCAGGGGCGAGUCAGAGAGGGAGAGAUUGCUGCUGGCAUAUCAGACCAAUGAAGCCAUUGUGGCGGGACACUUUCCUGUCAACAAGGAACUGGGUCUUGAAAUGGCCGCCCUGCUGGCCCAGGUUGAGUUUGGGGAUUUCGAGCGUCCCUUCUCUGCUCCUGGAUCGGCCCAGACCAAGUCCAACCAAACCCUGAAACAAGUUCUGGAAAGAUUUUACCCUAAACACUACCGCAGAACCUCGUCCGAGGAGCAGCUCAGGCAGCUGCUGCAGCGUCUCUCGGCCCGCUGGGCCUCGCUCAGAGGUCGGAGUUCAUCUGAGUGUGUCAGGAUCUACCUGACGGUUGCCAGGAAGUGGCCUUACUUUGGUGCCAAACUAUUUGAAGCAGAGUCCAUCACUCCCUCUCCAGAGCAAGGUGUGCGUGUUUGGCUCGCAGUGCAUGAAGAUGGUAUCAGCAUUCUGGAGCACAACUCUAUCAAACCGCUGGUGUCCCAUCCCUACAAGAACCUGAUGACAUUCGGAGGCUGCAAACACGACUUCAUGCUGGUGCUGGGCCAGAGCGUCGGUACCAACACCAGCAAAGACAGACCCACAGAGAAACAUCUGUUCGCUAUGGACAACUCAAAGAUCCGUGAAAUCACCCUCCUCGUCUCCGGUUACAUCAACAACGCUCAUCAACAGAAGGCCGCCGCCCACCACCUCUCUGCCCCUGCCCUGAUGGUGGCCCAGCCCAUCAACCUGAAGAGCAAAGAGCUGAGGAGCAAAUCGCCACCGGCGCUGGGACGCCCGAGCAAGACCCCCACGCUGCUGUGACGACCCAGCCACCCCGGUCCCGCUUUCUCACUUUGCUUUCCUUCAAAUUUGAAAGUGAGGGCCUAGUUUACAGCUGCAGUAGGACUAAUUCCAUAUAAAUUUGUCUCACUGGGACAGAUUCAUUUCUCCCUCCAUCCUGAUGGGGCUCAAAUGUGUCUCCCUCCUCUGUUUGGUAUAAUUUGAUGUCACAGACCAGCUCAGGUUGCACCAGUUCCCGUGAUAUGAUCGUACAGGAUGACUGGGAGUUGAUGUCCUUCGGUUUUUAAGCUGUUAACCUUCAGAAAAGUGACUUUGUGCCUUUCUUAGAGAUCACAUUAUCAGAUCUGGGCUUUAACUGGAGCUUUAAGCUUUAUGAUCCAAGGGUGUCUGGGAACAAAUAAGAAGCUUUGCUUAUCAUUCUCCAGGGACGUUGUUGUUUUUUUGUCUCCCCGAUGAGUGUGUGGCUUUUAUGUUCCGACUCCAAAGAGAAAAGUCAACAGUAUUUAUUGACAGACUGAGGUUGCCUCUUGAGUGUCUCAUUAAUCUGUGCUGUCUAGUACAUUUCCUUUGGUAAAGACGCUGUUUGAAGUUCACAUUUGUAAAAUAACGCACAGUCAUACACAAUAUAGAAAAGGUAAUGGCGCUUUAUGAAGAAAUCAUUUAGACGGUUCUUUUUUUUUCUGCCCUCCUGUAGGGAACAGUAAACUCCUACGGUGUUAGAUGUGGUCGUGUAAUGAAGGAUACGGAACCAUAUGAUGAAAGCAGGAGGCAGUAACAGGUAACCAGCUGCAGCUGAAGAAAAGAAAGAGGGCACAGAUCAACUGCAGUGAAACUCGAAUGUAUGCUCCAUGUAUGUAUGUGCGAUGCAACAUACGUGAUGAGCGAAUGGGUUGGUUUUGUUGAGGAAGACUGAGCCCUGUUGGAGGGAAACCAGUUUGAUCCUUGUGUGCUCUUAGUUACUGAACAGCCAGGAGAGCUGUGAAACUUUAAUCGUUCACUCAUUGACUGGUGGAGUGAAGGACCAAAACCAGCACGAUGCCGCCGCACUUUUUUGGGGGGGGAAAGUGUUGCAGCUUUAAGAUAGGGGAAGAGAACUCAAGGCAUGUACAAUCGUUUAGAGGAAGAUGGUUAAGAGGAUGUGACAUGCUGGGAGAAUAGGUUGGUAAAAAAAAAACAAAGAAAAGAAAUUGUACGAUGGUUGAUGAAGAGGUCAAAGAGAAAUGGGAUGUUUUUACCUGGUGUGAUGCAGAAUAGGAAGGU